AUGGCGCGUCGCCGAUUGAGCUCCGAAUUAGACGAGGAUGAAGACGGCAACGACAGCUAUGUUUCACAGACGCAGAGAAGUGCGAAGCGUCCCAGGACUGACGACGACGUGUCUGAGGCAUCCGAUGAUCCUGUCCUCCCAGACAGUUACCGCUCACAACCUCGCCGUGGAGGCAGCAGCAGUGACGAUCUUGUACCGCUGAAGCACCAGCCGGGGUCGAUCGUCCGUGUCAAGCUCACCAACUUCGUGACGUACACAUCCGCCGAGUUCCAGCUUGGUCCCAGCUUGAACAUGAUCAUCGGUCCAAACGGCACGGGCAAGAGUACGUUGGUCUGCGCGAUCUGUCUGGGCCUCGGUUGGGGCCCUCAACACCUGGGACGUGCAAAGGAACUUGGAGAGUUUGUCAAACAUGGCGCACGCGAAGCUGAGAUCGAGAUCGAGCUCUCUGGAGGCCCUCAAACCCGCGACAGGAAUCCCAUCAUUCGCCGUCUGAUCCGCAGGGAAGGAAACAAGUCGUCCUUCGUGCUCAAUGAGCAACAAACAACCCAUAAAGAAAUCAUUCGGCUGUGCAAGUCUUUUUCGAUCCAGAUUGACAACCUGUGUCAAUUCCUUCCCCAGGACCGUGUCGUCGAAUUCGCGGCAUUGAGCCCGGUUCAGCUGCUCGAACAGACGCAGCGCGCCGCAGCGCCUGACUACAUGAACGAUUGGCAUGACCAACUGAAGGCGAUGAGGAAUGAGCAGAAGACCAAGACUGCUACGCGCGACAAUAAGCACGAAUUUUUAAGAGGACUGCAAAACAAACACAACUUGCAGAGGGCCGACGUGGAACGAAUGCAAGAGCGCCAGGCUCUUACGGACAAACUCCAGGCGUAUCAAAAUAUACGACCUUUUGUUCAAUACCGAACCGCACAGGCCACAUUUAAAGAAGCCAAAAAAAAUUUCAAUGAUGCCAGAUUGGAACUCAGGGAACUUCAGUUAAGGGAACAGCCGACCUUGGAUGCGCUCAGAAGGAAAGACGAAUAUCGCAACCAGGUCGAACAAGUUGUACGGCAGCGGACAAAAUUGGUCGAACGGAUGGAGCGUAACGCCGAAACAGUUCGUCAGCGCAUGGACAGUAUGCAAGCUGAGAUCAAUGACAAGGACACAUCCAAAAAUGCGGAGAAGAACGCCAACAAGGACAGGGCGCGUCAACGCGAUAGCCUCAAACGGGAAAUCAUGACCAUCACGGAGAAGAUGAACAAAGGAACGCCUGAGUUUGAUGCUGCGGCGUUCAACGAGAGAAGCCGAGAGAAGCAACGCGCAUCGCGCGAGCUGCACAUCGAGAAUCAGGACUUGAACCGACAACGCGAUGAAAUCUUGCAGCGGAUUCGUAGACUGGAUGCGCAGAAGCAAGAAGUCGAGAGAGAUGUCCAGAGCCUACGGUCUCAGGCUGGACAACAGUCCAACAGACUUAAGAAGUUCUCGAUGGAUACCUGGAAAGCCUGGGAUUGGGUCCAGAAGAACCGAGAUCAGCUCACCGGCGAAGUUUUUGGUCCGCCCAUCGUGUCUUGCUCCGUCACAGACCAUCGCUUCUCCGACGCCAUCGAGUCCUGUCUACAAAAGGGUGAUUUCCUCGCCUUUACUGUCAGCAAUCGUCGGGAUUUUGCCACUCUGAGCAAGACCUUCCAGAGGAUGGGUCUUAACGAGACCCAUAUCAAGGAAGCCAUCAGACCUCGUGACAGUUGGAAGCCUUUGAUGUCGAGCGAUGGCUUGAGGCAAUAUGGUCUGAGCGGCUGGAUCAUCGACUACCUGAGCGGACCGGACCCAGUACUGUCAACACUCUGCGACAGUUUGAGGCUCCAUCAGUGCGCUGUGACUCUCCAAAACCACAGCGAUGAACAGUUUGAACGCCUCAAGGCUAGCCCCAUUCAACGAUGGGUUGCCGGACAACGUACGUACCAAGUGUCCCGCCGACGCGAAUACGGAGAUCAAGCGGUGUCAGUCACUAGCAAGCCGAUCAGGCGAUCAGGGGUCUGGACAGAUCAACCUGUGGAUAUGAGCGUCGAGCGUGAACACCAGAGCAAGAUCCGUGAGAUCGGUCAUGACAUACAUGAUCUUAACCAGGCAGUCGCCGAAUUGACAGAAAAAAUCCGGGCGAACAAGGAGACAAUCAGUCAGCUCGAGAGGGAAAAACGAGACAUUGACGAACAGAAGCACGAGCUGCAGAGGCUCCGUGGCGAGUUCGAGGGCUUGCAGACGAGGAAAGACACGUGUGAGAUUAACCUAGCGCAAACCACGGAGGCGCUGAAUAAGAUGGCGCAGCGGCUCGAAACGAUCGAUGCGGAAACCGACGAGCUCAUCUUGAAGAAGGGCCAGCUUGCAAUCGACUACGCUAACUCGGUCAAGUCGCUGCUCGAACUCCAUCACGGCGUGUACGAGGCUGAGAUUGUACUCGCAGAGGCCAAGUCGGAGUGCCAAAUCUGUGAUGAACAGAGCAAGGCCAUCAAGCGGGACAUCGCGGACCGUGAGACGAAUAUGCGAAGACUGAAAGCAGAGUCAGAUCAAUGCAAGAAAGCAGCACAACGGUUGUCAGAGGAGGUCAGCCGUAUCAACGACAUGAGAAGCGACGAGGAAGCAGCGCUCGUUGAGCACAUUGAGACAGUCAUCUCCCUCGAAGACCUCGAGGCGGAGAUUGUCAUUUUCCAAAGUCGUUUGACUCUGCUCCACGGCGGCGAUCCCAAUGCAAUCAGAGACUUUGAGAAGCGUGCAAAGCUGAUUGAGGAAACCGAGCAGAGACUGCGCGGUCUGGACGACGAGCUUCAAGAGCUCCAGGACAGGAUUGAGGGAGUCAAGUCCCAAUGGGAACCAGAAUUGGACGGACUUGUUCGACAGAUCAGCCUGGACUUCUCCAACAACUUUAGCAAAAUUGGAUGUGCUGGGCAAGUCAGCAUCUACAAGGCAGAAGACUUUUCCGAGUGGGCAAUCCAGAUUCAAGUCAAAUUCCGUGAACAAGAACAGCUCUCGAUUUUGGACUCGCAUCGGCAGUCUGGUGGCGAGCGUGCGGUGUCGACAAUUUUCUACCUCAUGGCCCUGCAGUCUCUCGCUCGCUCACCUUUCCGAGUGGUCGACGAGAUCAAUCAAGGAAUGGACCCGCGCAACGAGCGCAUGGUUCACGAGCGCAUGGUGGAUAUCGCGUGCCAGGAACACACUGCACAGUAUUUCCUCAUCACACCAAAGCUUCUUCAUGGCCUGAAGUUCCAUCCGCGGAUGACAGUGCACUGCAUUGCCAGUGGAGAGUACAUGCCAAGCGACUACCGCGAACUGGAUUUCAAGGCUCUGGUAGAGGUAGCAUUGAGGGUGAAGGGCAAGGCCUAG